AUGACGGACGCAUUCUCCCAAGCAAGCAGGCGAUUGAGUCAGAUCAAGGAUUCCAUCAUGGGCAAAACCGCCACCACCAUCCCCUUCGACCCGGACUCGACCUCGUUCCCGACCCGCAAGAAUCUCCCCAAGAUCGUCGGCGCCCCCGACGAGGCGGCCUGGGUCUGGGGUAAAGAUGACUACAUCGGCCGACUGAACCUGUUGACGCCCGCGCGCGUCAAGGCUGCCGCCGCCAGCGAGAUCCGCACGGGGGAAAUGGCACGACUGGACCUGCCGUUAGACGUGCCCCUGCAGCCGGCCUUUGGGCGGCAGAAGUUCGAGCACAAGAUCCUGCCUCUCGCCGAGGGCAUCGCGUACGACGACGUCUACCACAUGAACACGCAGUCCGGCACGCAGUGGGACGGGUUCCGGCACUUCGCGCACGUGGCGACCCAGACCUUCUACAACAACACGCACGGCAGCGACAUCCUGGGCCCCACGGCCAACGACAAGUGCAGCAUCCACCACUGGUCCGAACACGGCUUCUCGGGCCGCGGCAUCCUGCUCGACUACCGCUCGUACGCCGACAGCGUGGGCAUCAAGUACGACACGGCGACGUCGCACGCCAUCAGCUACGACGACCUCGUGGCCUGCGGUAAGCACCAGGGCAUCGACAUCCGCCCCCAGGCACAGGGCGGCGACAUCAAGAUCGGCGACAUCCUGCUGAUCCGCUCCGGCUGGGUCGAGGACUACUACAAGCGCGCGCCUGAGGACCGCGAGCGGCUCGCGCUGCGCCACGGGCCGGAAGCGUGCUGGGCCGGCAUCAAGCAGGAGGAGGCCAUGAAGGAUUGGCUGCACGACAGCUACUUCGCGGCCGUGGGCGGCGACGCUCCAUCGUUCGAGCGCUGGCCCACCCCAGAGAGCUACUACCUGCACGAGUUCAUCAUCGCCCUGUGGGGCAUGCCGCUCGGCGAGAUGGUCGACCUCGAGAAGCUGAGCCAGCUGUGCAAGAAGAACAAGCGCUGGACCUUCUUCUUCAGCAGCGCUCCCUUCAACUGCCGCGGCGGCGUGAGCAGCUACCUGAACGCCACGGCUAUCUUCUAG